AUGUCAUCCUCGCCCCUUGUGCGAAUGAGAUCCCACUUAUGUAAAAAAAAAAAAAAAAAAAAAAAAAAAAAAAAAAAAAAAAAAAAAAAAAAAAAAAAAAAAAAAACCCACCGCAUUUGCUCAACUUUUUUCUCUCUCCUCACGAUCAGCGCAAAUGGUGAGAUCUCCUUCGUGUGA